AUACAUAUACAUAUAUGUAUGUCACAGCGAGGUGGUGUGUUCACGGUUCAUGUAAGCAUAAGCGCCUAAAUAUUAAUUACGUUACGAAUGUUUUUGCCGGAGUAACACUCAUGUGAUGGAAGGUGUGAUCAAGAACGUAUCACGAAUGACUAAACACAAAGAAAAUGGGAGUCCUCGUUAAGCAUAGAUCUCACAACUUGCAAACAAGUAGCACCGAUGGACGCGGCCAUGUUUCCUGGUAGCAGAAAUCUUGCCCAUUAAUAAUUCAGGAAUUUUGAACCACGAAGUGGAACGUGCAGAAUGCCGAAAUGCGAUGUGAAAACAAGAUAUCUACCAGCUAUGUUCGCGUGGACAGUUCUACUCGUCACUACGACACUUUUCUUUUGCUUCCCGUGUCAGUAUUAUGUCUUUCGGUGGGGUACGUGGGUGCCAGCGCUUCAAGGAGUAAUUACUUUCUUUGUACUGACGAAUUUUACUCUGGCCACAUUCAUGGAUCCAGGUGUUAUACCGAAAGCUCCUCCUGACGAAGAUCGGGAGGAUGACUUCAGGGCUCCGUUGUAUAAGAGUGUCGAGAUCAAUGGCAUUACAGUGCGUAUGAAAUGGUGCGUUACGUGCAAAUUUUAUAGACCACCUCGUUGUUCCCAUUGUAGUGUUUGCAACCAUUGUAUCGAGACAUUUGAUCAUCACUGCCCGUGGGUCAACAAUUGCAUUGGCAGAAGAAAUUACAGAUUUUUUUUCUUUUUCCUUCUAUCCCUUAGCUGUCAUAUGCUUAGUAUAUUUGGACUUUGUUUGUAUUUCGUAUUGGAGCAUAAACAACAAUUAGGAGAAGUGGACACGAUUGUUGCGCUUGUGCUGAUGGGUGUGGUAAUAUUGCUGUUUAUUCCAAUUUUUGGAUUAACAGGCUUUCACGUAAUACUUGUUUCUAGAGGAAGAACAACUAACGAACAGGUAACAGGCAAGUUUAACGGAGGUUACAAUCCUUUUUCGAAAGGAUGUUUACAAAAUUGUUGGUAUACGCAAUUUGGACCACAAUAUCCAAGUCUAAUUAAGCCUGAUAAAUAUUCAGGAAAGCGGCGUGGCGCGUGUACAUCUGAGAUAUCUACCAUAGACAGUGAGAACCAGGUAAAAACCUACAUGGAUAGCAGCAAUGGUGUUAGAAAUGCCAGUUCAAAUGCUUACAAUAAGUUAUCCCCUGGUCGAGAUGGUUCAGACACAGAUAUGGAACCAACUGCAUCUCAAUCAGCAGAUUGCGAGCCUACACCUCCCUUACAAAGACAUGGUUCUAAAAGUAAUUUCUUUUUGCCACCCGUGGAAAGUAACGAAUCUCCUAGGCAUCCUCAACCACCACAACAUCGUCAUCCAAUACAUUAUCCUAGAGGCAGUCCUCAUCCAAAGCCAAGAGGGAUGAAUGGAUCGCGUAGUCACACACCAGACCCUUUAUCACCGGAAGUAACCGGUUCUCCUGCUACGGCUCCUCAACGAAAUCAGGGUCAAGGAGGUGCUAGUCCAACAAUGCAACAACGUAUUAAAGCUAUCGGAGUACCUACACCACUUGCCAUUUCCAGUCCCAUACGCAGAUCCAAUCCAGGUACACCGACGCAGGUUCGUCGGCCGGAUUUUAUAGGAGUGAAUGAAACACCAACGUAUUACGACGUUCAACAAGGAAAUAGUAUUGGAGUUGGUGCAGGUGGUACCGUCGUUACCGGUUAUAGUCCGCAACGACGUUUUUUAUCGGAGAGCGAGCUCGUCCGUCAGGGUGCCGAUCACUCAUAUUCAAGAACCAACAAUACCGUUGACAACAUUCGAGAACUUGCAGGAUCUCCACAGCGUGGUGCCUACAUGUGGAAAGAUAAUUCACCAAGCAGCUACCAAGUUCAACAAGGAAGCACAUCAUCGACAACAGCACAUCAGUCUCCUUCUCAAAGACCACCACCUCCUUAUGAUUAUUAUCGCUCGAAUCCAACUAGUCCCACUCAACAAUCUUAUACUACAGCUCCAAGAGCAGCGUAUCAUCCUGCUAUGAGAGGUGGUGUACCAGUCUUCCCACCCCAUCAGCCACAUCAGCAAUCACCACAAGUUAAAAGAAAGGCUGUGAUGGCGACGCCUACUACACCUACGUCAGGAGAUACCAGACGUAGACCAAUGUCAUUCGUAAGAGCAUUAGAAAUGACGGAUUCUAUGGAAAUGGUCUCGGCUCCUAACGAUCCAAGGUCGCAAAGGCCUACCACACCAACACCAGAUCGAGCUAGUGUCUAUGAUAUGAGUUAUGAGAUAUCCGUAUAGCCCAUCUUUCCAGUCUCCGUACAAUCCUACCGUUGGACGGAGAGAGUGCAAAUAUUGUUACCCUUAUGCGUCUCUCGUUCAAAUCAAGAAGGAACGUACAUCACUUAUAAGAUAUCCGUCUGAAGGGGG